AGGAUGCUUCCAAAAUCCAAUCCAAAGACUGAACAUACGAGAAUGAUGCGACGAAUCCUGUAAAAGGGUUGAAUAAAGGACAAAAGCACACGAAAUCCGCUCACCCAGUUGUAGUCUCAGGUGAAGAAAAAGGUACAAACGAAACGUAGUCAGUUACAGUUUAGUUAUUUAUAGGACGAUACUUAGUAAUCCUCCAUCAAUGCUAUUUUCACAUUGAAGUAUGUGAAAUGUAUGUAGUUUACUCGCGUUUUAUUCGUCAAACUGGUGUCAUCCUCAUCAUCCAAGAAGAAGAGAUGCAAAUGUGGUAGUGGUGGUAGUAGAAAAACUGUUUUAAGAACUAUUGACGAUAAGGACGAUUUGGUGUAAAGUUAAAAAAGAGUGUGCUGGACAGAAAGGAGCAAUGGUGCAAUGGCAUUAACAUGCGAACCACUAAAAUUGAGUUGCAAAGAAGUUGUGACCGACUUCAACUCCAGAUCGGAAAGUGGCCGUGUGAUUGUAAAUCCGCCUGAGAAAAGGAAUCUACUUCAUCUUCAUGAGACGGGCAGUGUGACGUUUUGUUGCGGGAUAGCAUUUCUAACCGACGAUAGUUUCUUGAAGCAUCAACGAGAAAAGGACAAACAUACAAAACCUAUUGAUCUGAACAAUAUUCGAAGGUCAUUGCACCAACGUUCCAGUAUGGAGUAUUGGCAGACGACUAAGAAAAAAGCAGCGAAAAAAUUUAAUGAUGAAGGUGAGGAAGUUGAAGAGGAAGCGAUGGACGAAGAUGUUGGCGACGGGAAUAACGAUGGGUUAGAAGAAAAGGGAGACGAGGAGGAUAACGACGAUGACGAGGAAGCUUCGGCUCCUGUCGUUUCGAAACCGGGAAGAAGACAGGGCCCAGGUCGUCGCGUCAAAGGAAGGUUUAGGGCAAAGUUGGGAUAUUCCACAGGUAGACGAAGAAAAGGCAAAAUUCAUUGCCAUCAGUGCGAUCAAGAUAUUCCAGCAUCAAAUAUUAGCCGCCAUAUGAAGACCUGUCACAAUCCAAGUCAUCAAUUCCCUUGCAGAUUUUGCACAUGCCGUUUUGUUGUCGCUUAUGGAAGGAUGGUGCACGAAGUAAAAAACCAUCCGGCGAAUGUCGCUGCUCAUGGACCAUCUCAAGUAAAAACUGCGAUGAAACUUAAAAAGAAGUUAAUUCGUAGACCAGCAGCGCCUGCUCCUCCUACUCCCACGAAAGUUAAGACCGAGCCGAACUCCGCCAGAUUUAUCGACGCUAAGCAAUUAGUACCCAUCAUGACAAAGGAACAGAAGGCAGCAUGUGAUUCUCACAUUAAGAAAUUGGGCAAAGGUGUGAACGAUUCCAAGGCUAGGUUUCAAUGUACAAUUUGCAAAAAGACGUUCCUUGGAUCUCGAAAUGCAUCUGAUCAUCUGAAUUCGCAUUAUGGUCUCAAGCCCUUCAAGUGUCCCUUGUGCGACUACUAUUUCUCAUUUCGAAGCAACGUUGUUCGUCACAUCAAGACUUGCCAUACUGAAAAUAGCAACUUUGUGUGCCCGUAUGGUUGCGGAUGCUCAAUGCAGAGCGAAACUAGUCUGAAAGUCCAUGUAAAUCUUAUCUGCACGUUACGUCAUCAACACCAGAAUAAGAAGGUGGGUUCUCAAUCUCCAGAUAAGUCGCGCACUGCUACUCCAAAUGCACGGCCCCUACCACUACCUGGACUGAGGGCGAAACCGCAUACACAGUUACAGCAGAGGACACAACCCCAGCAAGUACCAGAAAUGGGUGCUGCUGAACCAUCACGUGCUGGAACUCGAGUCCUUAAAGAGAGAUAUCUACAUUUGGAAGUUUCGCCUGGAAUUUAUCGCUGUGAACAGUGCAACAAAACAAUUACUGGGUCUGGGAACUUUAGAGAUCAUUUAAACAUUCAUGCCAAUAUACGCCCCCACAAAUGUCCCCUAUGUUACAUGUGUUUCACCUUUAAAAGCAAUAUCAAGCGGCAUUUAGCUAGUGCCCACGUUCCUAACGGUAGAUUUGUCUGUCCAAUGAAAUGCGGAUGUUCAAUGGAUAAUCAGCACGCUCUUCAAUCACAUUUGAACAAGUGUAAAACUGAGGUUGACAAACAUCGACGAAAUCAGCAACAAGCAACCAGCCCUGUCAAGAUUAAGCAAGAAGUAGAAUCAAAUACUUUGAAUCGUCCUUCACGAGCUUAUCCUCCACCUCCACCUCUACAAAAAAUUCUUCCACGCCCUCCACCACUUACUCCAGCUCCAAAGUUUACACCAUCUCAAAAAUAUAUGCAGGAAGAUAAUAACGACAUGGAUGAGGACGAUAAUAACGAAGAUGACGACGGUAACAAUAAUGAUGAUGACUCUCAAGGGGGAAAAUAUCAAUGUAAUGUUUGCGGGAAGUCUGUGUCAUGCAAGAGAAAUCUGAGUAACCAUAUGCUGAUUCAUCUAAACAUUAAGCCAUGGAAGUGUCUAAUCUGCAAUUUACAUUUUCGCACGAUGGAUACUUUGAAGAAGCACAAAUCGAAAUCUCAUGGAAUUAAUUCCCAUUAUAAGUGUCCCCAGUGUCCAUGCAAAUUUUCCCAAAGUCAAGGUUUGGCGAUGCAUACUAACAUUCAUCACAAAUCAAAGGCUAUCAAAACAGAACCAUCGCAGUCCAACAGAUCUCCUGUGAAAUAUAAUCAAGCCGUACCCCGAGUGCAUGUGCAGGCACAACGACAAAAUGAUGGCGAAGAAAUUAUCACACCCCAAGUAAACUUGGCCAAGGCUAGAACUAUGGAUGGCAAUUGGAAGUGUCACGUGUGUGGAAAACUUUUAAAGAAGCCGUUACAUUUGCAAAAUCAUAUGAGAAUUCACUCGGGGGAGAAACCCUAUCAAUGCCAGCUAUGUGGUCACCGUUUUCGACUUGCAUCUACCUUAUAUGAUCAUAAAAAGUCAAGCCAUCGCGGAGGAAGUUACAAGUGCAAUUUAUGCAAUUGUGCGUUCGAGACGAACUUAGGAUUAAGUAGGCACAAAGGAAUUUUUCACAACACUCAGGCUCACGAUUACCUACAAAGGAAGAUUCGAUUUAUUCGGGAUAAAGCGUUUCAGACCAGACGUCCCAUUGCGACUAAUCCACCUGCUCAAUCCAAUCAGUAUUCGGUUGAAGCCCCCAUUUUGAAGAAAAGACUAAGUGCUCAGCAGCAGCAAAUCCGACCACAAUCUGCUACUCUCAAGAUGCAAAAGCCACCUCAAAUGCAAUUUUCCAACAAACCAAGCACAAGUUCCAUGCUCCAAUGUGGUCACUGCGGUCUUGGUUUACCAUCUAUUUUCUCUCUCAGUGAGCAUCAGAAAGUCCAUCGAACUCAAAAACCCAUAUUGGCACCUACUCCACCCCCAACUUCUAAUGGUGACGAAAGGAGUACUCAGAAUUUGUCGCCAACCGCUGCAGCAUCAAACAACUAUAGAAGCUGUCCAAUAUGUCAACAAGCAAUUCAUGGUAGAACGCAUUAUCAUAAACAUAUGAGUGGAUGUCAUAGUGGAGGAUCCUUUCGCUGCGAUUUCUGUCCAUGCAGUUUCGAUUCGCAAGGAAAUCUAUCUCGACAUCAUACGCUCAUGCACCCCAAUAUUAGACAUAGUUCAAAUACUGGAAGCGGUGGUCGUGGUGGCGCAAUAACUGACAUAGCUUCCUCCUCUUCGUCUAUGAGUCCUCCUAUAAUUGAAGCGGAAGUGGUUUACGAUGAACCUUAUGAUGAUGACACAAUGAAUGAGGAAUAUCAGGAUCAGGAGCAAGAACAGGAGCAGGAACAACAAUGGGAUUGGAGGCAAGUUGAAGCGUCGUAUUCUGCUAAUAAUACUGCUGCGAACGACGAUGACUCGAUCCCCUUUGACGUCACUCCUACUGGAAAAUGUUAUACCUGUCCCGAUUGUGGAAAGACUUUCGACCGACUGAAUCGUUACAAAUUGCACGUCACGGUCCAUUCAAAUGUUAAACCUUUCAAAUGCCCUCAUUGUGUUCAGUCUUUCCGCCUGCCUGGAAUCUUGGCAACUCACGUAAAGAAAAGUCACGGGUCUGGACAGUUUAGAUGUGUGCAAUGCCCAGCUCGGUUCACGAGCACAAAAGGUUUGUCAGUUCACGAGUUUGUGUACCAUAAAGGAGGGCGCUUGGAACGUGCAGUUGGGCGAGAACAAGUCGCGAAACCCAUUCCUGUUGCAAAGGCUGUCCCUGCUUCAGUUCCAAAGGUCACAAGUGUCUAUUCUGCGUCAACAUCUCGGAUGGUCGCUCCAGUCAUCAAGAAGCCACCCACAUUAAUGAUGGCCAAUCCUCGACCCGUUAAACUCAAGUGUCACAUUUGCUACCAAAUAUUCUUUGGAACCAAUGGUUUAAAGGAACACAUGAAAGAACAUUCCAACCAGCCGUCUACGUCGAAUCACGGAGGUAUGCCAAAAUUACAGAGGAUGCUGCAAAACCCUGGCAGUGUGUAUCCGCAGCCAAAUUACCAGCAACGAGCUAAAACAGAACAACUAAACCGUGGGUAUGGUGGUUAUCCUACAGAUCCGGUUCUUAUUGCGCCUACCUCGUCGACCUCCACUAUUCGAGUCAUGUACGAAGAAGAAGAAGAUCAAGCGCCUUUUGAAAUAGUUGGAUAUGACAACGGUUAUGAUAACGGAAGCGCUGAGAUGGAAUGCGAUGAUGAAACGGAAUAUCAGUAUGCAGACCAGCAAGAAACCCAAGAGGAGGAAGCACAGGAAGAUAAUUACGACUACAUUAACGCAGAUGAUCAUUUAGAAAUUGUUCACGAGGACACACAUUUCGACUAUGGCAAUAGCAAUGAGGAUGAUUACGGCGUUGAUCUCGAAGAAGUCGAAGAAGAAGACAACUCUCAAGGAGAAGGGCAGUACUGGAUGUAUGAUAAUCAGUCCAAUGACGAUACUACUGGAGACUUUCAACCAAUUUUUUGUAAAAGUUGUGAACAAACUUUUGUUACACGGGAUUCUUUCGCUUUCCACGUGGAGAACAACCCCAUCAGUGGAUCCCACAGAUGCUCUUAUUGUUGCUCGUCGGGUUUAUCGGUUGAAAGUCUCCCAAGUCACAUCGAUGCAAUGCACCCCAUGGAUGAAAUUGAAUUCAUUGAAUCUCAAGUUUAUGGCGAGUAAUAGAGUAAAAAUUUUUAUAUGAUCUCUUGGACAUCGUACUACACGGGCUAGAAUAGUGAAUUAAUCUAUAAAACAAGGUUUUGUAGUAAAAACAUUGUUAUUUGUUAAAGUCUGAAGAUUGUCCAGUAUGUUCUUUACGAAGUUACAGACAAAGUGAAAGUAUAGUAUGCGCCCUCCGCGUCUGUCGAUAAUAUAAUUUUACAGAGUGUCUUUUAUGCUGUUUUAUAUUUGAUGUUUCAGUCGAAAGUAUUGUUGGAACCUUUUUAAAAAUGUUGGUUAAAAGUACAUAUUUUUUCAAAUCAUAA